AUGACUACAUCAUCUGAAGAUGUUUUGCUAAGCGUGGGCCAUGUCAGGUAUAAAAAGGGUGAUGGAACCCUCUAUGUAAUGAACCAAAGACUGGCUUGGAUGAUGGAAAAUAGAGACACAGUGGCUGUAUCACAUAAAUAUGCAGAUAUUAAAACUCAAAAAAUCUCACCAGCUGGUAAACCAAAAGUACAGUUACAAGUAGUUUUACAUGAUGGGACUUGUUCAACAUUUCAUUUUGUAAAUCCUUCUGGUCCAGAGGCCCAAGCAAAAGAUAGAGAUCAAGUUAAAAUGUUACUACAAAAUUUAUUGCCAAAGUUUAAGAGACAGAUUGAUGGAGAAUUAGAGAUGAAAUCUAGAUUAUUAUCUCUUCAUCCUACAUUAAAGCAUUUAUAUGAAGACUUAGUUAUAUCAAAAGUAAUAAAUAGUGAGGAAUACUGGAACACACCCACCUUAAAACAUUAUACAGAAUCAACCAAUAUGAAACAGGAAGCUGGAGUAUCUGGAGCAUUCUUAGCGGAUAUCCAACCUCAAACAGACGGGUGUAAUGGUCUAAAGUACAAUCUAACACAAGAUAUAAUAGACGCGAUAUUCAAAACAUAUCCAGCCGUUAGAAAGAAACACAUAGACUAUGUUCCUAAUAAAAUGACAGAGGCAGAGUUUUGGACCAAAUUUUUUCAGUCACAUUAUUUUCACAGAGAUCGUAUAGCGUCCUCAUCUAGUAAAGACUUAUUUGGGGAGUGCGCCAAAAUGGACGACCAAGCAAUCGCAUCGGCAAUGAAACACACUACAUUAGAUUUAACGGUCGAUUUACCACAAUUCACGGAAUCUGUCCCUCUCUUACCUGAUGAAGAUUCUCACGAGAAGGAAAAGGACGGAACAUCAAUCCACCGCAGUAUGAUAAAAAGGUUCAACCAACACUCCAUUAUGGUGCUCAAAGCUAGUCAAAAAAACUCCAAUAGCAAUAGCAGUAGCAGUAGUAGUAAAAACAAAUUAGAGAAUGGCGUCAAAGAAAGCAACGGUGUGGGGGAGAAGCGUCGUGCUGAGGAAGCGCCCCCCGACCAGACACCACAGACACCACAAACACCCCCCGACAAGAAGAGGAGGAUACUGGAGAUGAUACACUACGAGGAUCUGGACAGCGGCAGUGAGAGCAAGGAUAUGCAGGAGCUGAAGUUGUCUAAGGUAGAAAGAUAUUUAUUGGGGCCAGCGUCGCAAGUGAUACAAACAAGUGCGACGACUAGCAAUCCGCCGCCAUUGUCAGCGCUGGCGUCUAUAUGUCAAGCGUGGAGCAGCGGGCAGGCGUGCGCGCGGCCGCUGCGCGUGCGCGCGGGCGCGGCGGUGGGCGCGCUGGGCGAGCUCAGCCCCGGCGGCGCGCUCAUGCGCGCGCACCACGCCGCCUGCAUGGCGCUCAUGUUGAUCACCCCUAUAGCUUCUAUAACUGUAUACAUUCAGCUAACCAAAAUUCAGCUCACGUUGCUUUUACUCACCUGU